GAUGCAACUGAGAAUUCUCUGGAAAUUCUCCUCUUCUUAUUCCGAGUGAAAAAGCUUUUCCGGCACGCGAACAUCAAUUAAAUUUGAGUCUAUACUAUAAAUGCAAAUUAAUCAUAUAUCAAGCAGCAGUAGUCAUCAAUGGAUUAGCUUUUGUGGAUUUUAAGACAUCUAUUCCGCACUUUUGUCUUUCAACUUUCAACCUUCAGCAGAGAAGGAAGUUGAUCUUAAAGAAAUUAUAUAACAUAUUUGAGUGUGGAAAUUAAAUUUAAAGAUUAAAACAAUGCAGUUUUCACUGCUAUGUGGACUCCUCCUAGCUGGAGGUUUCUAUUCUCAGCUAGAAUUAGCUGAAGGAGCCAAGAUUUUGGCUGUGUACGCCUUUCCAGGCAAAUCCCAUUUCAUGAUGCACACGGCCCUGAUGAGGGAACUCGUUGAAAGUGGCCACCAGGUGACCAUGAUCACGGCCUUCUCCCUGGCGAAAGAGCAGCUGGGCGGCAAUUAUACGGAGAUCUUGAUCGAACCGGUCUAUGAUUUCUGGCACGAUGUCAAAUUGAACUUUGGAGCCCAGCACCUGUUCGAGCUGACACGCAUGACCAACUACGACUUUCUGAAGAUGCUCGAGAUUAUAGGUCUCAAGACCACGGAACAUGCUCUCAAGCAGCCCAAAGUUCAGGCUCUUAUCCAUGCCAAGGAAACAGAAGGUGUCUUUGAUCUUCUCCUGGCGGAGCAGUUCUACCAGGAGGCCUUCUUAGCCUUGGCCAAGAUCUAUAAGAUACCCGUGGUGACCACCAGCACUUUGGGUUACGAAAACCACAUGAGCCAGAUGAUGGGUUUGAUUACGCCUUGGUCCUUUGUACCACAUGGAUUCAUGCCCUUCACGGAUCGCAUGAGUUUCCUGGAGCGAGUGAAGAACUCUUAUGCUUCCCUGUACGAGGAUUUGGACAGACUGCUCAAUUACUUCCCCAAAAUGGAUGCGGUGGCCAAAGAGUUCUUUGGCUCCGUUUUGGCUGAGGUUCCAAAAGUCAAGGACAUGGAGCGCCAAAUCUCGGUGAUGCUGCUAAACAGUCACGCUCCGUUGACCACGGCACGUCCCACGGUGGACGCCAUGGUCCCAGUGGGUGGCAUGCACAUAUAUCCGCCCAAGGCUCUCCCCCAGGACAUGCAGGACUUCUUGGAUGGCGCCGGCGAGGCGGGAGCCAUCUACUUCAGCCUGGGCAGCAAUGUCCAGAGCAAGGAUAUGCCGCCGGAGAUGCUGCGCCUGUUCCUACGGGUAUUCGGUUCACUUCGGCAGCGGGUUCUGUGGAAGUUCGAGGAUGAGAGCAUUGGCCAAUUGCCCGCGAAUGUGAUGGUAAGGAAGUGGCUGCCCCAGGCCGAUAUCCUGGCUCAUCGCCACGUCAAGGUGUUCAUCACGCAUGGCGGCCUUUUUGGGACACAGGAGGGUGUCCACUAUGCGGUUCCCAUGCUGGGGAUUCCCUUUUACUGUGACCAGCAUUUGAACAUGAACAAGGCUGUUCUGGGUGGCUAUGCCAUCAGUCUGCACUUUCAGUCCAUCACCGAGAUGACCUUGAGGCAAUCCCUGCUUCAACUCAUCCACAAUGGAACCUACAAGGAGAACAUUCAGCGGGUGUCCAACAUUUUCAAGGACCGCCAGCAGGAGCCGCGCCGAACAGCUGUCUAUUGGAUCGAGUAUGUCAUCCGGUAUGGAGGAGCUCCGCACAUGCGAUCCGCUGGCCUGGACCUCAACUGGUUCCAGUUCUAUCUCCUGGAUGUGAUUGCCUUUGUUGUAGUCGUUUUCAUAGCUGGAAUUAUGGCCAUUUGGCUGGCCAUUCGACUGCUGAUGGGCAGUGACAAGAAGCACAGAAAAACUAAGAAAAUUCAUUAGAUUUAGAGAUUUUUAUACCUUGCAUGGUAUUAUAAUUUCAGUCAGAAGUUUUCAACGCAGCGAAGGAGUC